CACCUCCUCGUAAACCUUCCGUCAGCUUUUGGUUACGCUGUAGAAAUGGCCUCGUCUGCGGCUUUAAACGCCAAAUGAUCUGCGGCUGCCUUUUUUAGGAGUCGGUCGAGAGAAUACAUAUUUGAGUCAUCAACCGGGCUUAGGUAGAAUUGGGUUGUUUAUUACGGAACUUAAGAGGAGUGACGAUAUAGAAGAAUAAUGCCACAUUUCUUGUGGCCAGAGCCGCUGUCACCCGCACAACUCAAGCGCCUAGAGGAACAUAAAUACAGCGCCUCCGGUCGCUCGCUGUUUGAGCCUCCGUGUCAGAUUUAUUGGAACUGGCUGGUCCAGCAGAUACCAACAUGGAUCGCUCCAAACACACUGACUAUUGUCGGACUCUUAGUCAAUAUCCUGUCCACCGUGGUGCUUGUAUAUUAUUGCCCCACGGCAACAGAGGAGGCUCCAUCGUGGGUGUUCAUCCUGUCGGCUUUGGGCCUCUUCAUCUAUCAGUCACUGGAUGCUAUUGAUGGGAAACAGGCCAGGAGGACAAACAGCAGCUCACCUCUUGGAGAACUCUUUGAUCAUGGCUGUGAUGCCGUCUCAACAGCUGUUGUUGCUGUGGGAACAUGUGUUUCGUGUGGAAUAGGAAAAUACCCAAACUGGAUGUGGUUCUGUGGCUUCGUCGGGAUGUUCAUGUUCUUCUGUGCCCACUGGCAGACCUAUGUAUCGGGGACUCUUCGCUUUGGGCUCGUCGACGUCACCGAGGUGCAGUUUGCCAUCAUGAUCAUGUAUCUGAUGUCGGCCUUUGGAGGCGUGAGCCUUUGGGACACUACGUUACCAGUGAUUGGGUUGAAGCUGAAUGUCUUCCCCAUCUUUGGCAUCAUCGGGGGUGCCCUGUACUCCUGCUACAACUACUUCUAUGUGAUUUUGAACGGAGGUGUUGGCAAGAAUGGCUCUACUGUGGCUGACACCAGCGUGCUGAGUCCUGGUUUGCACAUCGGCCUCUUCAUCACGUUGGCUUUCAUCAUUUUCAAGAAAUCGUCCAGCCAUUUAUUUGAGCACCACCCGUGUCUCUACCUGCUCACCUUUGGCAUGGUGGCCUCCAAGAUCUCCAAUAAGCUGGUGAUCGCGCACAUGACCAGGAGUGAGCUAUACCUUCCAGAUACAGCUUUUAUCGGGCCUGGCCUCCUCUUCCUCAACCAGUACUUUAACAGCUUCAUUGAUGAACACAUCGUCCUUUGGAUCGCCAUGGUAUUCUCACUUCUGGAUCUGACACGCUACUGCACAGGUGUGUGCCUUCAGAUCGCCUCCCACCUGCGCAUCCGAGUCUUCAGCAUCACGCCUCAAGCCAAUCCCCACCGCGACUGACGGCUUGCCCGGCGGGAGGAGGCGGGGGAUAAUGCAGAUUUCACCCCGCUCCUGAAAGCAGACGAGGAGGAGGAAAGACCUUCGACCCAGAGCCUUGAUGAAGUAACAACUUCGGAUUAAAAACUGCCUCACCCGGUAAAAGGAGCGAUUCAAACUAAACCAAAAGAAAAAAAAACGUUUCUGUUGAAUUAAAUUUUAAGUGGAAAAAAGUUUUACUUUUAGAAAUCCUAGCUUUAGACUCCCAACAGGUUUUAAAUGAAACAUUGGUUCAUGUUUCAGAAGUGAAAGGGACAUUUUGUGCUUUUUAAAUACCAAAAGUUAUUGUUUAGUUAUGUAUUUCAUACAAUUUUUGGCAAAUUUCAAAACCAUGUUUAUCUGCUUUAAAUUGAAAUAAAUUGUCAAAUUAAUUUAAUAGAAAUUUAUUAACACAAAAAUCACCAAAAGUCUGAAAAUGUUACCAAGCUAAAAAAAAAAAACAUUGAGAAUUUUUGUUUACCAAAUGGUUUAAUUUGACUAAUCAGGGCUUUAAAAUCUGUAUUUUAAAAACUUAAACCUCAAAAAGAAAAAUUCCAGUGAGGUUUCCGGCGUGAACUGGCAGGUUGUCGAUGGGCUCUGUGGAGGUUAAAGGUCACACGUUGAUGCUGAAGAUGACGGGUCCUCGUUUUAGUUGUUCCACGAACAUCACUCCAGAUUCGAGAGCUUUUUACCUCCCGUUACUUAUUUUUGUCCCAGAUCAGACAACAGACCGACUCUGACCUCUCGAGUACCGCUGACCGAUGAAGCAUCAACGCCCGACUCGUUCUGCUCUCAUUUCUUCUCCCUAAAGGGCUAUUACUUAAUUAUGUACGACUGUACAGAUGAACUGACUACGCCUUAAAUACCUUUGGUUGUAAUUACUGUUUUACUUGUGAAUAUUUAAAACAGCUUUUUGUGUUAUUUUUCCCACGGAUACAACCAUAGUUACAAUAAAACAACUGGACGUUUUCUUGUUUUUUUAACUGUUCACAUGUAUGAAUGACUGAAUCAGUUGUUGCCUUCUCAGUAAUUGUACAAUGACUAAAUAUCACUGUUGUAAUCUGACAUUCAGUUUUGUGGGGGAUUAAAGGGAUUUUUUUCCCCUAAGUCAUUAAAAAUAUUUAAGUGGUAAAAA